GGGAUUUUAUUUUAUUGGUAACAUGCUGUAUUUAGGUAUAGCCUGGGCUUUUAUUUUGGCUGAAGGCUAGAUCACAAACUGCCUCCUAAAAGCCUGGGAGCGGCAUUGUUUCCACGAUAAAGGAGAGGAAAAGAGCAGGAGCUCUCUGUACCGCUUGUGGGAAGGGCGAUCCGCAUGGAGACGUUUGAACAGGGCAGACGCAUAGCGCGGUACUUUCUCAGCGCCCACGGGGAUGCAAACGACAACGCGAACAACCGGCUGAAACCGCAGUAAGUGGAGCAAGGCGGCGAGCAGUUGCCGGCUCCGCCGCGGAGGAGACAUCAGACCGAGCUGCGCGUCCUUGUCGUUCUCGCCCGCCGCCAUGUCCAACUACAUCCACGUCCCGCCCGGCUCCCCGGAGGUGCCUAAGCUGGACAUCACCGUCAGCGAGCGGGAGGGGCCCGGCUGCCGCCAGGGCGCCCUGCAGCUGCUGCGCCGCCUGCGGCCCCACUGGAGACCCGAAGAGGUGACGCUGCAGCUGUUUACUGAUGGAAUCACCAAUAAAUUAAUUGGCUGCUACGUGGGUGACAUAACAGAUGAUGUAGUUCUAGUUAGGAUCUAUGGAAACAAGACUGAGCUCUUAGUCGACCGUGAUGAAGAAGUGAAGAGUUUCCGUGUGUUGCAGGCCCAUGGCUGUGCACCUCAGCUAUACUGUACGUUCAACAAUGGCUUGUGCUACGAGUUCAUGCAAGGAGAGGCUCUGGAUCCUGAGCAUGUAUGCAAUCCUGAUAUUUUCAGACUCAUUGCCAGGCAGCUUGCUAAAAUCCAUACUAUCCAUGCUCACAAUGGAUGGAUCCCUAAAUCUAACCUGUGGCUGAAGAUGGGGAAAUACUUCUCUCUUAUACCCACAGAGUUUGCAGAUGAGGAAGUGAAUAAAAGGUUUCUAAGUGAAAUUCCAAGUCCUCAAGUUCUUCAGGAAGAGAUGUCCUGGAUGAAGGAAAGACUGUCAAAUUUAGGAUCACCAGUGGUACUCUGUCACAAUGACCUGUUGUGUAAGAAUAUUAUUUACAACAAGAAACGAGGUGAUGUGCAGUUCAUAGACUAUGAGUACUCUGGAUACAACUACCUGGCUUAUGACAUUGGCAAUCACUUCAAUGAAUUUGCAGGAGUAAAUGAAGUAGACUACAGCCUUUAUCCCAACAGAAAAUUACAGGAACAGUGGCUGAGAUCUUACCUUGAGGCCUACAAAGAAUAUAAAGGAUUUGGCACAGAAGUCAGUGAAAAAGAAGUUGAAGUUCUAUAUGUUCAAGUCAAUCAGUUUGCACUGGCUUCCCACUUCUUCUGGGGAUUGUGGGCUCUAAUUCAAGCCAAAUAUUCCACCAUUGACUUUGAUUUUCUAGGGUAUGCAAUUGUUCGUUUUAACCAGUAUUUCAAAAUGAAGCUGGAGGUCAUGAUGUUAACUCUCCCAGAGUAAAGAAGAGGAGUAAACUUACCAAGUGGAUAGAGAACCCCUGAAUCUUUUCUGAAUGGAUACUGGAAAAAAAGCUAAACAUUUGUUGAAGUUCUGUAAUGCUCACUUGGUGGUUCUUGCUUUAUAAAUAAUGCCUCUAAACAGUCCUUCAAUGUUAAAUUUAAUAUGAAGAGCAUACGUACUGCUGUUGAUAUAAAAUGGAUUAGAAACUUGCUAAAUCUGAAAAACUUGUAGAAAUGGCAAUUUAAUCCUUUUUUGUAAUUUAACAUGUUGUAUGUGAAAUAUUUAUUUUAAGUUUAACAUGAUUCCAUUGCUGCUUUCAUCAGUUUUUGUAAAAGUUGGGUGCAAAUGGUGAAGUUUUUCCAAAGGAUUUGUUUAACAACUUGUUUUAUUGAGCUGCAUUAACUUAUAUUAGGGAUCUACACAGUCAGAGGAUAUCAACCUUUUAGAUCUGUACAGGCAAAAUGAGAGAUACUGGUCACAGGUAUGUAGUAACUAGGGGAAAAGGGUUAGGAUGAUCUUUUUAAUUUUUUUUAAUUUUAUAAAGAAAAAGGUAGCUUUCCAUGUUAUGGUACUUAUCUUUUGUAUAAGAAUCAGCCUUCUUGCUAAAAUGAUAAAUAAUGUUUUGACUUUCUUUUCUUUGUGUUAAGCUGUAGAAAUGUGAAUGUUCUGUGGCCAUCAAAUUCUUUUAGACUCCAUACCAUCACAGUGUUAGAUGGGGAGUGUACCAUCUCUAACUUCUGUGGGAAAGCUGCUGCUUAUUAAGCAAACUUCUUAAACAAUAGACCACUGUUCCAAAAUUUGAAUUACUUUUUGAAACUUGAUUCAAAAUUUGAACACUAUUCUGGUCUCUGAUGUGCUUCAGCAGUAUCUGACGUAAUGGACUAUUGAACUGCAAAUUAGUGAGCAGAGAUCCUGUUGCACUGGGGAGCAAGACACUUAGGUUUACAGUUUGUUAUAUUGUAUAUUGUCUUUCCUUCUGCUUUGUCAUCAUCUAACCUUGGAUUCUAGUCUUAAAUGCUUGGUCCUGUAGUUGCAAAUUCUGUGAGUCUGUUUUUCUUCUGUGGCAGCGAAUUAUGUUUCAAAAUCUCCAGUUUGAAGGAUAACAUGAAAAAGUAUGACUUGAACAAUGGGACUUUGAUAGUCACAUGCAGCUUUUUAAAGCUAUUAUACCAAGAAUGGUCUGGAUUACAAAAUGUGAAUUGAAAAGAAAAUGUUUACUUAAGAAAACCAUAUGUAAGCUUAAAUGGAAAAGAGGCUUUAAAACUCUUUUAGAAGAGAUAGGGAGAAACAACAAAAUAAAACCAACAAGGCAAUUUGGAGUUGGGCAGGCAUAUACUCAGCUCUUGGGUAUACUCUGAAAAACUUUGCACUUUGGUCACUUAAGUGCCCACAUGUACAAAGUCUGUGUGUGCAUAUACACAUGCAGUCACAAACUUAACUGAAGAGUAAAUAUUAUGGGGAGAAGCUCCAGCAAAGAUAUUUAUUCUAAAUUGCUUUGUGACAUACUGUUGUGUGUGUGUGUAUAUAUAUAUACAUAUAAAUAACAUAUACAUACAUGAGUGCUUUAAAGCUUUUUUGAUUCUUUCAAGACAAAGAAGGUUGAUGUGAAUGAAGAAUUUUCACCUUGAACAACCAUUUUGAAUGGCAUUCUUUUUUUUUUUUUUAACAAAAGCAAGGGUUGGGUUUUUCCCUCUUGUUUAUAUUCAUCUCUGAAAGUUUUCUUUUUUUUUUUUAAUUAUUUAGUCAAAACCUUAACUGUAACGCAAUGGUAAAACUGGGCUUUUUUUUUUUUUCUAUAACUUGAAGUUGGAUAACCCUUUUUGUUAGCAUUUGCUAGCUGGAGGCUAAUAUACUGGACAAACUAUCUUGGUAGUUAAAUAGAAAUGAAUAGCUAAAAUUGACAUUUAUAUUUUCUUUUGUAGCGGAUAUAGAGGAUGUUGCUAGAGCUCAUGAAAGCACUGAAGAUUCUUGUUUUCUGUAGUUUCCCCCUGUAGGCAUGAUUGACAUAUAUUGAGUAAUAACCUGCUGUCUUUGUAGUCCCUUCAAGUAUGGCAUGAUCUCUUUGGAAGUAAGGUUGAUAAAAAUUUUAGAACUUGAUUUUUUGUUUAUUUUCUUCAAAUGGUGUCUUUAUUUCUGACAAUGUUUCUUUGUUUUUUAAAAUGUGUAAGAGGCUGUGAAAUUCAGUUGGUCUUGGGAAAUCCAGCACUUGACAGAUCCUGUCUAACUUUCCCAACAGCUUGCAACCCACAUUCCCUUUUCAAGUACCAGUUCUACUUAAGUUUGGAAUUAGUGUAACUUUUUUUCAGUAGUACUUUGUUUAUAUAGUUCAAGUAGCAAUAACUGUAGAAGUGGAAACUUAGAAACUCGCUUCUGCAGAACCAAAGCUCUUUGUGAAUGCAGCUCAAUCUCAUUCUUAUGGAGUUAAUUUCCACUGAAUCUCCCAUAAAAGCACUUUCAAGCAGAUAGUAAAUACUGCAAGCUUUUUCUGAGCCACUUUGAAGAAGCACAAGGAUUAUCACAGGUUAUAGUGGUCAACUUUGCAGUACUGAUAGAGGCUUUCAUUUUGCAUGUUGAAGUUCAUUUUACACACUUUAAUACUGCUUUGCAUCAGCUUUCUUUCAAGACAAGUACAGAAUAAAACAAUUCCUGAUAUAAGGUUUGGAGAAAAUACUGUAAACUUUUCCAAAAUGAAAUGCCAGUUACCUUGAUUCUUGUACCACAUUACAUUUAGCCAGUAGCACUCAGAUAUUCUCAUUUGCAACAGAAUAUCUACAGAUGUAUUAAGUUUGAAGCAGUAGUUUUUUCAAUAGCAUUGCAAAUAUUGAGGUAGCUCGAAACUGUGAAUACAGGACAUUCUGAAUGUAAGUUAGGUACUAAAGCACCAAACUAGAGAAUGUGUACUUGUUCUGAUUAGUUUCUCUCAGUCUCUUAAUAGCAACUUUAAGAUAUUUGAAGGAAGGCAAAAAAGACUGAGCUCUAGAAUCAUCCUGUAGUAGUUUUGACUGUGACUUGCCAAGAAGAUACUCUGUUGCCUUUAUGUUAAGCUAAGGGCAUAAAUGCCAAAAUUAAUAAUUCUUACUGUAGUUAAACCUGUAAUGUAAAUAUAAAGAGGAUUAUUAAUAAUGGCAUUCUUGCAUAAAUAGCAUCAAGUCAAUAGACCGUAGUGGCCUGGUUGCUUUUGUAAAGCAGAAUAGUGUGAAUUUUUUUCUUCUCAUUUCUGCAGUCAGAUCUGGCUAAUCAGUGCUUAAUUUUUUAAGUCGUAUAAGCAUUACAGAUUUCUGAGUAACUGAUCUGUUCUUAUAUAAUUUUAAAUUCAUUUAUAUGUCUUGAUUUGCAUUUUAGAAUUACUAAAUUUGUAUUAACCAGAUCUGACUGUAUAUGUAUAUAAAACAGUGUAAAUAACCAUUUGUAAAUUAGUGUGAAUUGUACUGUACCUUGCUUUUAUGGACUUGUGUAUUGCAUUGUAUUCUCUCCUAUUUUGUAGAAAUUUUGAUGUAAAGAAGAAAUCUAACUCUGUGUGCUGACUUCUUUUGUUAAAUUUAUCUGUAACAAAUCAUAGUAGUUACGUUCAGGUAUCCAUUUAUAGCCUUGGACACCCUGUGUCUUUUUUCCCUGCUACCUUUUUUAACAUCUUGUUCUUGGGAAUGAUUCUGGGAAAGAAAAGUAAUUCAUAUAAUGCUAAAAUGAAGAGAAAGUCUAUACUGAUAGGGCAAAUGGUCUAUCAGAGGUACCUGUAAGUACCUACGGUAUAGGGAAGGCUGUUAAAAUUUAAAAAAAAAAUUCCUAUACAUUCUUGAAUGCUGGUGACUUCUAAACCAUAAGCAUGUUGAAGUACUCUUAAGUGUGCGCUCCCGUGGUGACAGCAAUUGAGUUAGUUGUGAUAGAAGUCUCCGAAUUUAAAUGUUUUUGGUGGAUAUAGACUUAAAAUAGGAUUAGUUGCUAAUUUGUAAAUGCUUAUAAUAACCCCCUCAACUUCAGAUCGCUCAAGUGGUUCUACCAGUCAUUUUCGUUCACACUAGAAUUAUUGUUAGUUUCUUUAGACUAUCUGAGACUUAGGGGAGGAGGUGUGCACUGCUCUCUCUCUGCAACCCCCAAACCCUAAUUCAUUAGGGGAAACAUGAUUAUAAAAGCUUCCUUUCCAUACUUAAUCCAUAUUUUUUGACUGAAAUUGUGUUCUGAUUUGUUACUAUAUGACUCCUCAUCAGAAUAAUUUUGUAUAAAGUCCCUUGCUAAAGAGGCCUUUGACCUUGGAAGUGAAGCAUAGGCAGUUGUUGUCCCCAAAUGGCCAACUGUGUCUCAUUACUGUUGCCUUUCAAUACCAGUCUUGAACUGCAUGAUGUCUUUCAAGCUGUUAGUAUAUUCUUGUCCCUUGUGUGUUUCUACUGGAAAACACUUGUGUGUGAAUCUUGUUGUCCAUCUGACAAAUUGAUCUUGAUACAGUUUUCACAUGUUGUCAGCUCUACCUGUGGUGGAUGAAAAGUACACAUGCUUAUCAGCAUUGACUCUUAAGUUACUGAGGGUUGUGGGAAGUGAGCUGGUCAUAGAAAUGUUUGUCAAGAGGUGGGUUGGGCUCAAUAAAUAUGGGUAAAAGGAAAUCCAAAUGGAAAUGAGAACUUGAACUUUCAACAUAGCAAGUUAUUGAAUAUGCCUAUUGCAUGGUGUAAGGACAAGAGCAAAUGGGUAAAGUUCGUUUCAAAGUUAAGUUAAAAUUUAUUUUAAAACGUUUGCUAGCUAGAAAAGACUUACACAAUUAUUAACUCCUGCCAAAAGGAAUCUUAAGGUAUCUGCUUUUCUAAUUACAGCUUUGCUCUGUAGCCCACUGUAAUAUAAUUUCUUGCUCGGGGUAAUUCUCCCUGUAGCUAGUAGAAGAGGUUGACCUUAUCCUAUCUAUAUUUUGUUUUGAGUUAGCUAUCUGUUCUUUAUAUUGUUUUUUUGUAUUUUUAAAUGUGUUCACAGAUGCAUGUGAACAUUGUAGGCUUCGUGCUGAAUGUUUUCAUCAGAUUUAAGAGAUGAAAAGCUAUGACCUUUGGUCUUGCACAAUAUAGGUUUUCUGUUAGCCAACCACGUCACUUAAAGGAACUGUUGGCAGUGAGAAGCCACACAAAUUUAGGUGGGGUAUAUCAGAAGAAGGCAAGGUAUGUGGCCUUUAGACCUCUAGAAGGGAAAGGAAAAUGUACAAAUUGUUUGCAUGUGCCAGUUGUGUGGAGGUGCUUUAAGUGAUGUGGUGAGAUGCCGGCUGAUUUUUUUUUUUAAGUGACUUUUCUAAGUGAUCUAUCUGUACAGUUUAAUUUGCUGUAACUAGAAACCAGCCAAAUUAAGGGGGGCAGAGAGGGAGGAGACAUUCUAAAAAAUGACCUAUGUGUUAAAAUCUGUCCACAGUUAAUUUGCAAACUUUCAGGUGCAUGUUGGGCCUUUUCAUUUAUUUAACAGUGUAGAUAAUGUUGUGCACCAGGUGGUUCAAUAGUAGGUUUUGUUAUCCUUGAUAAAUGUCAGAAAACUGACUGAAUGUGGGCUGGGCCUGAACUCAGAGUGUAGUCUGACCUUAGAACAAGUGGCCAGGCUUUACCAUAUUAACUCCCUUCUGAUUCAUAAUUUUACACUGUUUGCUUCUGUAGUCUUCUGAAAAAUUUUGGAGCAUUUGUCUCGGAUUCCCUGUUGUGUAGAAUUUUAAUUAACAGCCCCCCAAAAUACGUGAUGCUUAUGGACCUUGGGAAAUCCUGGUGCUGGUUAAGUCAUGUGAACAUUUAGAAAGCGCAUUACUUGAAAAUCUAAUGAACGUUAAAAAUAAAUGAUGAAAUAACUUCAGGUACUGCACUAGCCUUAUGUUCUGUGAUAUUGCAACUGCAUUUUUUUCAUGAUGUAGUAUUUUUUUUCCACAUGGUAGAGAUUCAUGCAAAGUACAAGAUAAAGGAGACCACAGAAGAGAAGCAUUAAAAACUGUUAUAUGCAAUCCCAUAAAAUGCAGAGUAGAUUGGGGAAAAAAGUUUCCUAGCUUUUGGUGGUAGUAACUGUCAACUGUUAUAAAAAAUAAAAAAUAAAAAGAAUAGGUGUCGAGUCUUAAGUGUGUGACAGACCUUUUUUUAAUUUUUUUUUUUUUUAAUAGGUAGAAAUGUUCUUAACAUUUUGUAUCUCAAGUACAAUCCGUGGUAGUCAGUAAUGCUGCUUUGUACACAAGUGCUUUGAAUAGUCUCAGCACCAAGAAUGUAUCCAAUCUUUAAUAUAACUUAGUUAGAUUCUUUAGUUCUGUCUCAAGUGUCUCAAUCCAGCUGUCUAAAACCCUUUAAUUACUUGCAGAAACAGGGCCAUAGCAUAGUAGGGGUAUAUUCCUCUUUGUGUCUCUUUUUUUUUAAAAAAAAAACUGAAUAUUUGCCAGUGUUCUUUUAAACAUGAGUCCAUUUAUGUGCUGUGAAUAAGUUAAACUUAAGAAGCAACCUUUAUCUUCUGGCAUUGUCAUCGCCCCAAAAGUCCCCAUGACCCUUUUUGUAUGUUGUGGAGUUUAGGUGCAUCACUUAUCCAUUGGAGUGAACUGUAUUUCUUUUGAACUAAAUGUUAUUGAAGCUCUAUUAUAAGGCCUUCUACCACUGAUUAAAUGAAGUAAUGUACCUUCGAAAGAGAUUUAUAUUGUGUAAAUAAUUUCAAACUGCAACAAUAAAGUUUGUUUCUAACUGCA